AUGACAAAGCUCGGCUUCUCGUGUCUCUGCUUGGGGCUUGUCUUCUCUCACCUUGCCACAGUUCUCUCGCUGCCUCUUGCCGCACACCCUUUCUCCGGUCCACAAGGUGUCUGGCUCUCCCGACGUAGCCUCGUCUUAGGCCACUUGCUCCAAAUUGAAGCUCAACCAUCCCCAAAACCUAUCACCGCCUCCGUCUACCUCGCCCCAUCCUCGAAUCAGCCCAGCUUUCUCAAUCACUCCAACGGACAGAAUCGUGUGAUUCAGUGGCACAGUGGACCUUGGGAUCGCGCAUGGGAAUUGUGGACUAACGUCGCCGACAAACUCAAACUCGUCAAACGAGAGGCACCUCUUGAGGUCGAAGAGGAGAUUGCCAAUCAUCUCAGACCCACAGGCUGGCGACAAAAGUUCAAGGAUCUGUGGAGGAAGAUGACUUUCCGCAAACUCAAAGUGACGCGCUCACAAUACGAUCAGAUCAGGAAGAAGUACUCGAGAACCUCUCAAUCUCCGAAUCCAGCGCGGUACAAGAAGAGUAGGUUCCGCUCCGCGUUCGUGUCCAGGCCUGCAGUUGGCUAG